AUGGAGCUCUUUGUGUUCCGCCAGCAGCUGGUGGAUCGGCGCGUGUUGCCUGACUUCCAACCCGCCACAUACGCACCAGAGGAGCUUCUAGAGGUCCGUGUCAUCACCGACCCGCGCCACCCCGCCUACGGACAGGCAGGCCUCUUUGCCAAGAGCACGAUCCCGUCCAACACAAUCGUCACGUCCUACUCCGGUUUCAUUGAGGUCUUUGCCACGUCGUGCAACUCUCGCACGUACACGAUGGGGUUUGGCGCCGUUGGGGACGACUAUGCGCUCGACGCGGAGUUUGUCGGCAACUAUGGCCGCUUCGCGAACGACCCGCGUGGCGUCGGCACUCUGCAGGCAAACCUCUCCGCUGAAAACCGCUUUAACAACCGCGGGGAGUCUUUCACAGCACUCGUGUCGCGGCGACAGAUCAACGCGGGAGAGGAAAUACUCAUGUCCUACGGCAAGGCACAUCGACUGAGCGCGACACCAUGGAUGACUGUCCAGGGAGAGCCCAUCAUGCGACCGCGCCUUGGAGGUGUCAUACCGUUUCCGUCUUUCCGCACUGAAACUGUCUCCGCUGACUCUGAUUCGACUUCUGCGUCCCCUGCGCUCGCCACCUCGUUGCCGCAAAGGUCUGCCGACAGCGCCAAUGCCGAGGACAGCUGUGCAGCGGAGGGAUCAGGCCUCACUGCCGGCAGUGUCUCUGUGACAGAUGGUUCCGCCUCGGUGUCCAAGGUUGAUGGCUCAUCAGCGCCGGCAAUCGACCCGGCGGGGACCACCUUGAGUGCGCCGGACACGAAGCAGCCGCUGGCGCGAUCAAGGCUUGUGCCUGGGGUCGCUAACGAUCUUCUUUGGGAGUGCACGCAGUGCGGUAUGUGGUCGAUCUGUGAGGCGUCCACGGCGGAUGCACCGCUGCGCUGCGCUGCUUGCGCCACCCCAAAGCUGAGUGGCGCACGGCUAGUAAGUCUGCUCAGCAGCCCAGCCAUCACACAGGCGAUGUUGCUCGCAGAAGCAGGGCUUGACGCUCAAGGGCCCUCUGCAGCAAGCACUUCCACGCCGCCGCAAACGCAGGUCUCCGCUGUGUCGAUCACCUCCUCUACUAGCUUCAGCUCUGAGCGCACCGACUGGCCCAUGAACGUGCCGUUUCUACCGUGGCAGGUAUGGGACGCCGCCGUGCCGCUGACGGUGCUGGCGAAGCACUCGCGCUUCGAGACCCAGAGACACAUAUUCGUGUACACGGUUGACACAGGGCUGGACCGAGAGAAGCGCGGCCGCAGUGUGCGUGACGCCCAUGGGAUCGGGCCCACAGUGGCUGCACCGAUGCCGCCAGGGACACCCGACGCGGAGCAAUCGCAGGAAGCCUGUCCUUCCAAGGGGAGCCGAUUCCAGCCUCAUUCCAGCAGCGCAGAUGACGCCUCGCUAGCGUGGGUGCGAGUUCGUGACGAACGCCCUAUUGUCACAGAAGAGAACCGAGCCGGCCGUGGCCGGCGCGGCAGCGCUGCCCACGGCAGUGGCCGUUCGAAGCGCAACGCGCUGUGGGAACGACAGGGCGAUCUGGACUCGGAGGAGCUCGCACUUCUCACCCCCGGUAUCGCGGCGCUGCCCUUGCUAUCACCUUCCGUCUCCGUCUACUCGCCGGCACAUGCUCUGGCUUCUGCCGCCUCGCCGACGAAGCUGCCUUUUCUUGAGUGGACAGCAUCGGCGAGCGGAGAAAGGGGCACUUCCGCAGGCGAGCACUCGGGUGUCGAGCAGACGGGGAGUUUCACCGCGAUCGUGUCGCACGACACAAGCGACUCCGUUGCAGGCAUUUCGACACGACCCCCGCUGUCUUACCUCUUGUCCACGACGCAGGAGGUGGGCCGGCUUGUUGUUCUGCGCCGUGCCGCCGCCAGUGGGCCGUCGCCGGCUGCUGGGACGCCGUAUUCGCCGCAGAUGACUCUUGUCCGCCGGCGCUUGCAGUGCAUGACGCGCAGACUUUUCACUGGCAAAGCGUUUCAGCCAGGUGACGUCGUCAGCUACGUUGGCGGCCUCGUGCGGGAGCGCGGUGACACCCGAUGCCCCGUGUCCAACUCCUGCCUCGAGAUCCCCCUUCGCUUCUUUCUGCCGCCGCGACUGCGCCACCGUUGCGGCCGCGGGGCUUGCUUGGCACGCUCAGGAGAUUCGCUGUGCGACGCAGCGGAGGAUGCGGCGUUGCAGACCUUCUGUGACCGUCUCGAUCGCCUUUCCCUUGUUGUGACAAACGAGUUCAUGUACUGCCCCUGCCUCGUGCUGGAGGUUACGUGGGAGAAGAAUAGUGUGGCAGUGGCAGGAACAGAGGUGAGUGGCUGUGCCAGCGAUAGCGUGGGGUAUGAGGACGAGGUGGAUGAUGCACUCGCGUCCUGCAACGUGGCCCUCGUGCUCACGAUGGACGCUCUUGGCAGUCCCUUUGCCUGUGCGGUGGCGAUUAAGCCCAUCGGCGCCUUUGAGCCUCUCCUGGCGCGUGCGCAGUAG